UCAGCAAACGUCAAAACAUCAGCUUGUUUUCUCUUCUUUAAAUCACUUCACGUGUCAAUGUUUUUAAAAUUUAAUGUGCUAAAUUAAGUGCAAAAUACCCGUGAAAGUGGUUCAAAAUGCGUAAAUUUUCGCAUCUGGUGGUUGAUACAUCUGCAUUCAUUAAAAAUGUGCAACUGCAGGACUUUGCGGAGAACUGCUUCACCGUACAGGCAGUGCUGGACGAAAUUAAAAACGAUCGUCAACUGAAACGGUUAGUGGUACUGCCGUAUCAGUUAACCAUACGAGAGCCCGAUUCAGAGGUGCUGACGCUAGUGACGAACAUAGCCAAAAAGACGGGUGAUUUUGCUACGCUUUCGUUGGUGGAUCUGAAAGUGGUGGCACUAACGUACCAGCUGGAAAAAGAACUGCUAGGAACCGAACAUCUUCGAGAGGAUCCUAAACCGGCGGUUACGAUUUGCUCGGGUAGAAAGCCACCAGAGCUGGCAGGAUCUGGAAAGGUUCAAGGGUUUUACGCGGGGAUAAAGAGCGAUGAAAAGGAACGAACGGUGUCGGAGCAGGAAGAUUUGAAGGAAAUUGCGGAUCAGGAGGAUAAUGUUUGCGUUGAAGAUUCAGUGCUGGAGCAAAAGUUCGGUGAGCUGAACACACAUGAGGUGGAAGACUUGGAAGAAAAUAUUCUUCAACAUGUUCAAGAGCUUGAGGAAGAUACGACACAUAUUUCGGAAGAUGAAUUGUCGGAUUGUGAGGACCAGGUGGUGGAAGAGGAAAGUGAUGACGAAGAAGGUUGGAUCACACCAUCCAACAUUAAAGAUGUAAAACGGGACUUUGGAACGGAUUUGCUGGAGGAGAGUCCCUCGCCAGUCGCUUGUAUGACAACCGAUUUCGCCAUGCAGAACGUCCUGAAACAGAUUGGACUACAUGUGGCUGCGUUGGAUGGACGCGUAAUCAAACAUGCGCGGACCUACAUUCUCCGUUGCUAUGCCUGUUUCAAAACGACGUCCGAUUCCACAAAAGUCUUUUGUCCCAAGUGUGGCAACAAAACCCUGAAGAAGGUAGCCGUUAGUUUAGACGAGAACGGUCAGCAGGUCAUCCAUAUAAACACGCGUCGACCGUUGACGGCUCGGCACAAGAAUCGACCGGUUGCUGGGUUUCGCGGGGGAAAACAUUCCACCAAUCCGGUACUGUUCGAAGAUCAACCGUUGCCACAGCAGAGAAUAUCAGCCAAGGCCCGUGCCAAGACGAAUGCGCUUGGCGAUGAUUAUACGGCCGGAUAUUCGCCGUUCGUGAUGAGGGAUGUCGACUCGCGGUCUGCGGUGCUCAGGGGAAAGUCCAAUCUGAAACAGUGGAUGCAAAACUACGAGUACGAUAAUCAUCGAAGGGGUUACAAAAAAUAGGUUUGGAAAUUAAGUUAAAAUUCCGAUGAAAUACAUAUAUUUCGUUAUUUCAAAA